GUGCACAAAGGUGCAUUGUUUAUUUAAAAAAAAAAAUCAAAGGGAGCACCCUCUGUGACAAGCUCGCAGCUGGACGCGCUCCAGGGGGAGGCGGUCCGCUUCGCGUUGAGACAUCCAAAGCUCUUCUGUCGCAAGUUCCACUUUUUCUUUCUUUUUAAUUUUUUUCUUAGUCGCCUUUUGUUGUUUGUCGAACCAUGUGACCGCCACGCUCAAGUUCAACCGCGGGAUCCAUCAGUGUAUGAGCCUGACUGUGCAGAGAAAUGGCAAACCGUGAGCGGAACAAAAAGAUUUUACUGGAACUGGUGAAACAGUCAGACAACAGCCGGUGCGCUGACUGCGGCGAGCCCGAACCGGACUGGGCCUCCUACAAGUUGGGAAUUUUUGUGUGUCUGAACUGCUCCGGGAUCCACCGCAGCCUGUCCAGCCAUGUCAAAUCUAUCAGGCUGGACUUCUGGGAGGACAAACUAGUAGAGUUCAUGAAAUCCAAUGGCAAUGCCAGGGCCCAGGCUCAAUAUGAGAAAGCUGUUCCACCGUACUACUAUCGACCCCAGCGGGAAGACUGCAAUAUCCUCAGGGAGCAGUGGAUCCGUGCUAAAAAGCUCAAAGUUUUUGUUUUUGCUUUACUUCAGGAAAUAGUCACAUGGUACAACGCGAUUCGAGCCGCUCGCUAUGCGUACUUGAAGACGGCCUACCCGACAGGAAGCGAUGAAGAAUUGUUACCAAUGAUAACAAGAAACUACCUCAAAGAGGGUUACAUGGAAAAGACGGGGCCUACGCAAACAGAGUCAUUCAAAAGGAGGUGGUUCAUUUUAGACUCUCAAAACAGGAAGUUGCUCUACUUCAAAGGCUGUCUGGAUGCAGAGGAGCUAGGGGCCAUUUUUAUCGGCACAGAGUGCAAAGGUUACUCGGUUAAGGAGUGUGUCCCGCUAAACGCCCGGGGAAACAAGUGGAAGUGCGGAUUGAUGGUGGAAACGCCCGAGCGACAGUUCGUCUUCAUGUGCGAGCAGGAGAGGGACCAGAGGGAGUGGCUGGAAGCGCUCAGGAAGGUUUUGUCCAGACCCAUGUCACCCCAGGAUUAUACCAGUAAGCAAGACUUCAGUGUGCUUUAA